AUAUGGGCCUGUGGUCCUGCCUAAUUUCCUGUCUCAUCAAGCAGCAGGUCUUCCUGCUGGUCUUUGCUGCCAUCUUCAGAGAAGACAUUAAAUUUAAAACCCAUCAAUCUCUGGCUUCUUCAAUCCAUUCUAUGUUCUUGAAACUUCUGUAAAACUACUCUAAUUCUCUCUGAUUUCUCCAAAUCUGAAACAUGUGCUCUGAAUCAGAUCAACUUCACAUCCUUCUCUUCCCUCUAAUGGCACAAGGCCAUAUGCUUCCCCUUUUAGAUAUCGCCAAGCUCUUUGCUGCAAGAGGGGUUAAAGCCACCAUCAUCACCACCCCAGUAAACGCAACUCGUUUAACUAAAUCAAUACAAACAUCUCAAGAUUUGUCCACCCAAAUCAACCUCAAGAUCAUUAAAUUUCCCAGCCAAGAAGCUGGAUUACCAGAAGGUCUCGAAAAUCUUGAUAUGGUUUCUGAUCAACAGAUUCACAGCAAGUUCUUUGAAGCUUUAUCUUUGCUUCAAGAACCUCUGGAGAAAGCCAUAGAAGAGUUGUGUCCACAUGGUCUCGUUUCAGACAUAUUCUUUCCUUGGACAACUGAUGUAGCUUCCAAGUAUGGAAUUCCGAGGAUAAUCUUCCAUGGUACUAGCUUCAUUAACAUGUGUUGCAUGGCGAAUAUUGAACAACAUCAACCUCACAAGACAGUAUCUUCUGAUACUGAGCCUUUUAUCUUGCCUGGGUUGCCUGACUCGCUCAAGUUCACAAAAUUACAGCUACCAGAUAGGUAUAGACUACAGAGUCCACCUUUUAUGGAAAGGUUGCUAGGCAGUGCCAAAGAAGUAGAGAAAAGAAGCUAUGGGGUGAUAGUUAACAGUUUUUAUGAACUGGAAUCUGGAUAUGCUGAUUAUUACAGAAAAGUUUUGGGGAGGAAAGCUUGGCAUAUAGGACCAGUUUCUCUUUGCAACAGGAAUCUUGAAGAAAAGGCUCAUAGAGGAAGGGAAGCAAGCAUAAGCAAACAUGAGUGUCUGAAAUGGCUUGAUGCGAAGAAACCCAAUUCUGUUCUUAACGUAUGCUUUGGUACGGUUACAAAGUUUUCUGACUCCCAGCUACAUGAGAUUGCAAUAGGGCUUGAAGCUUCAAAGCAAAAUUUCAUCUGGGUUGUUAGGAAAGACAAGAACGAAGAAGAAUCUGAAGAGAAAUGGUUGCCUGAGGGGUAUGAGAAAAGAAUGGAAGGAAAGGGACUAAUUAUAAGGGGAUGGGCACCCCAAAUUUUGAUUCUUGAUCAUGAAGCUAUUGGUGGGUUUAUUACUCACUGUGGGUGGAACUCUACUUUAGAAGGUGUGAGUGCCGGAUUACCAAUGGUAACCUGGCCCAUUUUUGCUGAUCAGUUCUUCAAUGAGAAAUUGAUUACUGAUGUUUUGAAGAUUGGAGUUAGUGUAGGUGCUCAAAAAUGGAUUAGACUGGUAGGAGAUUACGUGAGCAGUGAAAAGAUAGAGAAGGCAGUGAAGGAGAUUAUGGUGGGUGAGAAAGCAGUGGAAAUGGGGAUCAGAGCAAAGAAGAUCGGAGAAAUAGCAAAAAGGGCCAUUGAAGAAGGAGGCUCAUCAUACAAUGAUCUGGGAGUUUUGAUUGAAGAAUUGAAGGCUCGACGUGCUUAAGGCCUGCAACAAUUACUAUGAGCAAUACAUGCCUAGCGCUGUUAAUUUUACAAGUAUUUCCUGUUUUAUGUAUUAAAGCCGUUUCAGGUUUAGCUUGCUGUAAUUAAUGUAUGUUUUCUCUUGGAAAUUUUUAAUUCCAUCCACUGAUCACCAUCUAAUCUUAUUUCUCUUUUCCU